UCUUUAACAACCAUUUCUUUAAACUUUCUCUUUUUAACGUUCAUUCAUCUCUUCAUUCUCUACCCUUUUUUCUUCUUUUCUCUUUUGCCUCUUCUCUUUCUUUCUUGCAACUUUUUCCUCCAUAAAUUCUAUAGAGAAAAGGGUUGAGAAAGGGGGAGGUUUUGUUUGGAAAUUGGUUAAUUUGAAAGUGUUGAAGCAAGGAAAAGAUGAGGGAGGUGAUAAGCGUUCAUAUAGGACAAGCUGGAAUUCAGGUUGGAAACGCCUGUUGGGAGCUUUACUGCCUUGAACAUGGAAUUCAGCCUGAUGGGAUGAUGCCUAGUGACACCAGUUUAGGUGCUUGCCAUGAUGCUUUCAAUACCUUCUUUAGUGAGACUGGGUCUGGCAAGCAUGUGCCAAGAGCUAUAUUUGUUGAUCUAGAGCCCACUGUUAUUGAUGAAGUUAGAGCUGGGACUUAUAGACAACUCUUUCAUCCAGAGCAACUUAUUUCUGGCAAGGAAGAUGCUGCAAAUAACUUUGCUAGAGGACAUUAUACAGUUGGUAGGGAGAUUGUGGAUCUUUGCCUUGACCGAAUAAGAAAAUUGGCUGACAACUGCACUGGUUUGCAAGGAUUUUUGGUAUUUAAUGCUGUUGGUGGUGGAACUGGUUCUGGUUUGGGCUCAUUGCUUUUGGAGCGCUUGUCUGUAGAUUAUGGAAAGAAGUCAAAACUUGGCUUCACUAUCUACCCUUCUCCUCAGGUUUCUACUGCAGUUGUGGAACCUUACAACAGUGUGCUUUCAACUCAUUCGCUCCUUGAACACACAGAUGUUGCUGUGCUUCUUGACAAUGAAGCUAUAUAUGAUAUCUGUCGAAGAUCCUUGGACAUUGAAAGGCCAACUUAUACCAACUUGAACCGUUUGAUAUCCCAAAUUAUCUCUUCCUUGACCACUUCAUUGAGGUUUGAUGGUGCAAUAAAUGUGGACAUUACAGAGUUUCAGACGAACCUUGUGCCAUAUCCUCGUAUCCAUUUCAUGCUCUCAUCUUAUGCCCCAGUAAUCUCCUCUGCAAAGGCUUACCAUGAGCAGCUAUCAGUUCCUGAGAUUACAAGUGCUGUUUUUGAACCCUCAAGCAUGAUGGCCAAAUGUGAUCCAAGGCAUGGGAAGUACAUGGCAUGCUGUUUAAUGUACCGUGGAGAUGUUGUACCUAAGGAUGUCAAUGCUGCUGUUGCUACCAUCAAAACUAAGCGGACUAUUCAGUUUGUUGACUGGUGCCCUACUGGUUUCAAGUGUGGUAUCAACUAUCAGCCACCCACAGUGGUACCAGGGGGUGAUCUUGCAAAGGUGCAACGUGCAGUGUGUAUGAUCAGCAAUAACACAGCUGUGGCAGAGGUUUUCUCCCGAAUUGACCACAAGUUUGAUCUCAUGUAUUCCAAGAGAGCAUUCGUUCACUGGUAUGUAGGUGAAGGAAUGGAGGAAGGUGAAUUCUCAGAAGCCCGUGAAGAUCUUGCUGCUCUAGAGAAAGACUAUGAAGAAGUUGGGGCAGAAGGAGUCGAAGAUGAAGAAGAACCAGAAGAUUACUAGAUAAUAUGUUUCAUGAAAGCAGCAGCUAAUGGUCUACCACGUUCCUCAUCUCACUUUACUUCAUCAGCUAUUUAAUUGUUGUAAAUUUGUCCUUGUACUUCAUUUGUUGAAUUUGUCUACCUUUUUAUGUCUUGGCUCUACACUUGAGUGGUUUUAAGUGUAGUUGUGAGAAUUUAUAGUUUCUGUCCUAUUAAUGUGGUCCUUUCAAUGUCUAAUAAAGCUUCUAUUUUCUUCUA